AUGGUUGCUGCUGGGCUGGAAUAUGACGUGCUCCGCUUGACAAUUGCUGCCAAUUAUGGUCAUGGCACAAAGAUCACAGGCGAGCGUGCCACAAAGCGACGCCGCUAUUUGAAACAGUAUGUAGAGAAACAGUGUACUGAGUGGUUUGAGGAUCUGGCAGAAGAGAUCCGACUCGACCGUCGACUUGAGUUGUCCGACGUGGAUCACGUCAACGUGAAAAACAAGUCUUGGUUUGGUAUCCUGAACGUGUUGGCGCUGAUGAUUCAAGACUGGUCCAUUCUCCGAGCAGCUUCUGAGGCCAUCCUCGAGGAAUCCAAUGGCAAUGCUGCACGAGCUCUGGGAAGUUCUAUGAGCACCGUUUGCAAGAUUUUGACUACACAGAGUCACACCGACCUUUGCUACGAGAUGAGGGUGUCGCCACGAUGUACUCCUCCAGCUGCGUACGAUGCUUUGCAGGAAGAUGUUGUGCUUGUGGAAAAGGCCUCAAGGUUUGCUGGUGAGUUAGCUGGAAGCUUUGCGUGGAGUGAACAGUUUCCUCAAAUGACAUUACCCCUGGCUGCAGCUUCCCUUCUGGCUGCAGAUGAGGAAGCCAGAAAGCGUGGCAUGAAGCACCUCAAGAGUCUAGUGUCAGCCAUUGUCAAGGCAGAGCAGCUAGCCCCGCAGAGACCUGAUUUGCAGGAUCUUUUGACAACACUUGCAUUUCAGGAAGAGACCCUGGCCAGAGAGAUUAUGGUCUACCUCCAGCUUGCAGAUUUUGAUUUGGAUUCUGACCACACACGUGAAUGCCAGCGGGUGAUGACAGAGUUUUGCUCAGGCAGUUCCUCCACGAAGGACAUUCUCGAAUCCACAUUUGCCCAUUUGGCAUACGUCGCUGGUGCUUCGAACAAGAACAAGCGGGUGUCAAAUUUUGCCGCCUGGUUCUACGCUGCGGCAAGUCCUUACGUUCAGGAGUUUCUCGUGUUCGACCCUGACGCCGAAGCUCAUUUCCUUCACAACUUCACCAUCAGCGACGCUGGCACUUGGAAGUAUGUCCACCACCGUGUUCUCCCUCCGGCCGCCUUGCCAGAGGAUUUGCCAGCAGACAUUGCGGUUGCAUUUGAAGUUCUGAAACGAGAUGAGUCGCUUCUGAGGGGUGGAUUGCUAGCCGGGAUUUCCCUGACACUGCCAAGACUGCAUCAAGUGAUGGCCUCAAUUCAGUGCCCAAAGCCAUCCAAGGGAACAGGCAAGAAUGGGCGCAUCAAGAAGAUUGAUCUGGUGACUGCGUUGGUCAAACACUUGUGGCCUGAUGAAACUAACGAGUUCAUCAAAGAGACGGUGAACAAAGUGAUGGGCAGUGGCUUGCCAGAAGAUGUGGACCUAUCUGUUUUGUCUAUGGUGUCAGAGCUAGACACUGCGAACCAAGAGUCUUUCUCCAAAAUGAAAGAUCAAGCCCGAAAAAAGUUGGAUACAGUGCUAUAUGGAAAGGGUCGUUUGUCUGGAAUUCGUGACGCAAAGAAACAUGAUGAUUGUGGCGGUGAUGCAAAGGCAGCUGAAUCAAAAGUUGACGCGCAAGCGGCCAAGAGGGCCAAAAAAGCCGAAGAAAAUCACCUAGCACAUGAGAAGAGUGAGAAGUUGAGGCCUACAAACCAAAAGUUGGAAGAGCAUAUCGCGACAUUGAACCUUUAA